AUCCGGGUUAGCCGCCGGGGGAUCCACACCACACACUCGCGCACACACUCGCGCACGCGCUGCCGAGCCGCGCGGACGUCUCCCGCACAUGGACGCGUCUCCAAGUUCUGCGCUCCGACGAGGAGCCCGAGAAGAGCUACGGGGACGAGCUCCCGGCGCGCUCACGGAGUAAGGAAGGCAGGCAGGCCGCCCGACCGCUCCGGCUUCCCUUGGGGAUGGUUUAAAGUGCGGGAGCGCGCGCGAUCAGACGCUGCGAGCGGAGCUCCGCGGCGCCCAUGUGGUCUCUGCGGGGGGUCUCGCCGGGGAUCGCCGCGGCGUUUUUCACUUAGCCACCCCUCGUCCCACAAUGCAGCUGGGACACGCGCGCGCCGCCCUUUUCUGUCUGUGGACUCUGUCCGUUGUAGGGCACGGACGCAGGGACGCGUCCAGGUCUCGUGUCCAACUUGGGAGUGAUGACCGCAGCGUUCCGAAGGGACGCUCCCCCUGGGACCCCACCGGCACCGGAACCGCAACCGCCGGGGAGGUUCUGCCGUUCACUGGGAGAGGAGCUUGGAGGCGACGCGACCGGACGGGGCUUUACUCCAGCGGCGCCAUGGACUCGGCAGGUGGGCAGCGCCCCGCCCCAGGACCCCCAUCGCUGGGCUGGAGCGGAUCCCAGAGACGCCGGAGAGGGACCGUGGAAGACCGCAGCAAACUUGGGUGGAGAAAGCUGAGGAAGGGUGCUCGGACGGAGAUCCUUCUGGACUCCCUGCAGGGGCGGCUCGACCCGGGGCCCAGAGCCCUGGCCCUGAACCAGUCAUCGGAAGACUCUCCCUUUGACAUCACUGGAGACGAUGACUUAUUCCCAGAUGAGAAUUUCGGGGACCCCACCCCCUUCGUUCCUCUCAGUACCCGGGGGGGUUCAGACAGGCUGAAGAACCCGUUUUAUCCGCUGACGGCGGAGUCGUACGGAGCGUACGCGACCGUCUGCAUCUCAGUCAUCAUGUUCGCCGUUGGAAUAAUGGGGAACGUGGCAAUCAUGUGCAUCGUGUGUCACAACUACUACAUGAGGAGCAUCUCCAACUCUCUUCUGGCCAAUUUGGCCUUAUGGGAUUUUCUGAUCAUCUUCUUCUGCCUGCCCCUGGUGGUAUUCCACGAGCUGACAAAGACAUGGCUCCUGGGAGAGGUUUCCUGCAAAAUCAUACCCUACAUUGAGGUGGCGUCCCUGGGCGUGAGCACCUUCACGCUGUGCGCCCUGUGCAUCGACCGCUUCCGCGCCGCCACCAACGUGCGCCUGUACUACGAGAUGAUGGAGAGCUGCGCCUCCACCUCGGCCAAGCUGGCCGUGAUCUGGGCGGGGGCCCUCCUCCUGGCGCUGCCCGAGCUCCUCCUGCGGCAGCUGGAGCGGGAGGAGGACGACGAGCGCUGCGUGGUGCGCAUCUCCACGGAGCUGCCCGACACGGUCUACGUGCUGGGGCUCACCUACGACAGCGCCCGCCUCUGGUGGUACUUCGGCUGCUACUUCUGCCUGCCCACCCUCUUCACCAUCGGCUGCUCGCUGGCCACGGCGCGCAAGAUCCGCCAGGCGGAGAGGGCCUGCGUGCGCGGCACCAAGAAGCAGAUCCGCCUCGAGAGCCAGAUGAACUGCACGGUGGUGGCGCUGGCCAUCCUCUACGGCCUGUGCAUCGUUCCCGAGAACAUCUGCAACAUCGUGUGGGCCUACAUGGCGGCGGGGGUCCCGCGGCGCACCAUGGAGCUCCUGCAGCUCGUCGCUCAGAUGCUGCUCUUCUGCAAGUCGGCCGCGGCGCCGGUGCUGCUGCUGUGCCUCUGCCGCCCGUUCGGCCGCGCCUUCCUCGACUGCUGCUGCUGCUGCUGCGACGAGUGCGCCGCCGCCUCCCGCUCCUCGACCGCCGCCAGCGACGACAACGAGCAGGAAUGCACCACCGAGCUGGAGCUCUCGCCCUUCAGCACCAUCCGCCGCGAGAUAUCCGCCUACAGCCCCGUGGGCACGCACUGCUGAGAUGGGCUGCGGGACGCUGCACGCGUGUGUGUGUGUGUGUGUGUGCGUGCGUGCGUGCGUGCGUGCGUGCGUGCGUGCAUGCGAACCUUGAAAGUAUGAAAGUUCAGACUGAUUUGUCAAUGUCCUUCUGUCCCUCCAUUAUCUCACACACACACAUUGACAGAUGCCGCUUGUCCUGAGCGGGG